AUAACAGUAUAUGGUAGCUUUCACAGUUUGUGUGUAUUCUAUAUAUUUCAAAAGGUGUAUGUUAUUUGGUAUCUUUGCAAACCUUUUGAUUGGUUAUUUUUACGUUGAGGACUAAUUUUCCAAAGGGAUGUGAUGUCCAUGUUGUUGUUCCGCCUGCACACAAGGCUGCAUAUUACGAGAAAUUUGCUCUGAAUUCGACCUACACCGUGUCCAACUUUAAAGUACAGCCAAAUAACUUGCUCUUCAAACCAUCCACACACAAGUAUCUGGUAAAGUUUACGGGAGGAACAUCGGUUUCGGAUGUUAACAGACAUGAAAUACAACCUAAGCAAAGGAAGUUUACCACAUUCGCUGAUAUCAUCACCGGGAAAUAUCGGAAAGAUUUGCUGCUCGAUAACAUUUUAUUUAUGACUUGGAGCAUGUUACACUUUUUUUAAUGUUUCCUUCAUAUUACUUAUGUAGUUCGUUGUUAUCCUUUUUGCAGAUGUUAUUGGUAUGGUCGAGUCUAUCGGAUAUGCUCAGACACAGACUGGAGGCAAAAAACUGCAAGUCAAUUUGGUCCUUAGGGAUGAGAGCAACAACACGAUUAAUUGCACCCUAUGGGAGUCCUAUGCUGCUCAAUUCUUUAAUUUUAACAAAGAGCGGGGUGACGCAUCUAAUCCAACAAUCCUGGUUCUUCAAUACGCAAAAGUUAAAGAAGAGGGACAAUAUCCACUGUCGGUUACCAACACCUUUCACGUGACGCGGCUCUGUAUCAAUGAGGAUUUGCCGGCAAUGAAAAACUUCUUAGACAAGUUCCCUAAGGAUGCUUUGGUUACCGUUUCCAGCCAAUUAAGCUCUCAGUAUCAGCGUUACUCACAGAAUUCUAAUUCUGAUACCGGACGAUAAACCCCAACCCAAAAGUUGCUCGAAGGUGCUGUUGUACUACCUAUCAGUGAGAUUAAAAAACUGCGCGAGACGACAUUUUGUGCAACGGUUGCUGAAACCAAAAAAUUGAUCGCUUCUUCUUUCGGAUGGUAUUAUCAGGCUUGCUAUGCAUGCCCAAAAGCUGUUCGUGGUGAUCAUCCUCCGUACAAAUGUGAUAAUAACCAUAAAAGUGAAACCGAAAUCUAUAGGUAUAAGAUUGAAAUUGAGGUUGUCCAUGCGGGCGUGGCUUGCAAAUUCAUUUUCUGGGAUAGGGAAUGUAAUGAGAUUUUGAAACUCUCUGCUGCUCAGAUGCGUGAGACAAUGAUUAAGGCUGGCAUAACGGAUCCCUUAGAGUUCCCUCUAGCACUUGAUGUCAUGUUGGACUUAAAGCUGGCUUUUAGAGUUAAAUGGCAACCCAGUUGGGACAGUUGCUCCGUUGUUAUGUUCAUUAAAGAUGAUACAUUCUAUAAACAAUUAAAGGCGCCGUGGGAAACCUCAAAGGUAUCCACUUCAACAAAACUAGAAACCCAAUCGCUGCAGAUUAAAGAAAGCGUCGAUGAAGCAAAAACUGAUGCUGGAGAAGAAUGUGAAGUGCAUGCGGAUCUAGAGAUUACAUCAAAGCAUAACCCUGAACCCUUAACACCAACAGGAAAGAGACAUAUACACGGUGCCUCAACUGAAUCUACAAGUGUGGAAGUUGUGUGUGAUGGAGAACUUUCUUCCACAAAACUUAAAAAGAUCAUUAAGUUGGAGAAGACAAAUUAGUUUUAGAUAUGUGCUCAAAUUGUUGGUGACAAAUGGUGUAAUAUUUUUUGAUACUUCUCAUGGCAUGUAUUAUUUUGGUACUAUUAUUAUUUUGUGUUGACGGUAUGCCGGAAUACUAUUGUAAUCUUAUGUUUAAUAUAUUAUGAUUUCUUGAGGCUAAACACAAAUGGUUCUAAUCUG